CCUGCGAAAAUUUUCUUAUAGGCGAGGAUAGAAACACAGAAGACCGCACAUGGGCAAUUGUGUUCUCAAAUCAUUCGGAGAAGUUAAAGAAAUGGUAAAAGUGGUGACACCUGGUGGCGGCAUCAUGGAGUUAUCGCCACCCAUAACCGCCUAUAGCAUAACCAAGGAGUUCCCUGGCCAAGCUAUUUACCGCACCCCGCACAGGCUCUCACAGCCUCUGGUCCGCCAUGAAAACCUCCACGCAGGCAACCUCUACUAUCUCCUCCCUCGCAACAACAGCAAGAUCAAUAAGAACAACAACAAUCUUAUAACACCUGCUUCCUCUUCGUCGUCUUCGUCUCCGUAUCGCAUGUCGUUCGAUCAGCAGAGGGUGUUGAAGAGAACCGACACGGGGGUGGCCCCGGCGCCACCGACAGUUUGGAAGGUGAAGCUGGUGAUAAGUCCGGACAAGUUGGCGGAAAUAUUGGCGCAGGAGGCUCCGACGGAGGCGUUGAUAGAGAGCGUGAGGACGGUAGCUAAGUGUGGUAAUGGGGUGUCGUCGUCGGCGAGUAAUUCUGAUCGGUGGAGUGUUGUUAGUAGUUGCAAAGGAUCCAUUGAGAAGUAAUGCUGAAUAUAGACGGUGGCCUCAAUCUUAUUGUAGAAUUAGAAAAUAUAUGCAGUAUGUAUUUUAUGAUUAAAUUAUGGAUU